CAGCAACUACCACUCUUCAUCGAGUUUGCAUCCCUUUUCAUGCUUUUACAUCUAAAUCGAUCGCUGAAGAUAUGGUCCUAUCAAUACGUCACUUAUUUCCCUCGCGACUGCCCAUACUAGACUAUUACGCAUUUUCUCCAUCACAUCUUCCUCAUAUCCAUGCACUUAACACACAUCUUUCACUUCCUUGACUACUGUCAAUACCUUUCACAACAGAAAUCUACAUCUACUCCACCAAGACGAAUCUAGAACUGCGAGGAAAGCUUCACGGGUCUACUCCAACAGGAGUUCUUUCAUAGACUUCAUUAACCUAGGUGAGCUUUGAAGCAUGAUUGAAUCCUCAUUUAGGUUUAGGCGGCCGUACAAGAUGAAAAACAGCGAGAAACCGGGCAAUAAUCAGCCUCAAGGAGUCUACGCCUGGACACAGGGCCAGGGAACAGCAAAAGACUUAUCAUAUGACUUAUAUCCUAGGAUAUCUGAGUUGGCAGAAAAAUGUCUUUAUUAAACGGGAUAUGUUUUCUAAUACCUAUAAGGCCGAACUUGCUGCGAUUAUAUCGCCUGACAGGCGAUUGCCAGCUUGAAAGCCGGCACGUCAGUCAUAAAUGCAAGGCUGCGUUUGAGAUUAUCCUUGAUUUCAAAGUAUCAAGCAAGGCACUCGACUCUUACGAUGCCUUCGGGCUAUUUGGACCAGCCACUGACUCCGGAAUGCUUGCUGGCUACAAGAACUUGAACGAAUAUCGACUUCUUGAACUGCAGAUCUUACUUGAUUCCAACACCACCGUUAUUCACUUUGGUCUCCUGGUCUCCCAUUCCAUAGUUUGAGCAAGACUGUUGACAGCCGGGUCAAUCGGCACACUCCCAUCUAAUUACUUCUCUGCCAGAGAUCCUUCACCGAUGAAUCCUCACUCUCUUCCGGUCGGUCCGCCUUAGUCCCGCCCUUUCGUGAAAAGCGGCGAUGCCCUGGAAUGCCCUGAAAAAUGGAAUCGAGAUAAACCCUUGAUUUAGGUGGCUAGGCUAUUACACUAAAGGCGCAAAGCUUAGCAAGAGGUGGUAUACAGACAGAACGCGAAUUAAGAAAAUAGAAUAUGAUAGAGGAUUGAUAAUUUUAGCUAAUAAGCCGAAGGUUAUUUUUGUGAUGAGGCACCUAUAUGCUAGAGAGCUAAGUAAACGUCGGAUGCUAUAGGUGCAACAAGUGGUCUCGUUAGGGAUAGUUAUAAGGAUAGAGC